AUGUUCACCGAGGGCCUGCUCGCGAAGCGCGGCACUUUCGUGAAGCCGCCGAACCUGAAGGACGAGCGCUCGACGAAGAUUCUCACGGAGUGCCUCGACUUUAGAGACGUCAAGGUGUUGUCCAAUUUCGUGACGGACACCGGGAGGAUCAUCCCGCGGAGGAAGACUGGGGUCCGGCAGAAGGUGCAGAGGAAGAUGAACCGCGCGAUCAAGACCGCGAGGCAGAUGGCGAUCAUGCCGUUCGACGAGCGCCUCGUCCCGAUCAGAAGGCGGACGUGA